AUGCUAGCUAACGGGAUCAUCGAACCGUCAACGUCAGAGUACAGUUCACCACCCGUCUUGGUGGAACGGCCAGGCAAGAAACCACGAUUCUGCGUGGACUACAGGAAAAUAAAUGCGAUUACCAAAUCCGAAUCCUCCACUCUCCCUAAAAUUUCAGAGGUAUUAAAGUCGUUCGGCGAAGCCAAAAUAUUCUCCGUAUUGGACUUGAAGACCGGAUACUGGCAAAUUCCGAUGCAGCCCGAGUCCAAGAAGUACACCGCCUUCUCCACUCCCGAUGGAGCCACAUACCAAUUCAACGUCUUACCUUUCGGGCUGAAAAAUAAUCGGGAUAAUCAGCCACUCGACCAAAUUCAAGUCGUCGAAACCCAAAGUCCACUCGACGAAAGGAGGGAGGUGUCGUAUAAUGUGAGCGAGCGAACUUCAGAUUUCGACUAUCUUUCGAAUCCGAGUUCCAACGCCCGGAACAGCGCUCCAGUGCAAGCUCUCUACGCAGAACAUGAAGCCAUAACAAACAUAUUCCACAAUGUUUCUAAUCCCGAGCCCGAAGUCGCUGUCAGGGGAGAAACUUCCAUUCGCAAAGCCGAUAUCACUACCAGAGCGAAGAGAGAAAAAAUCGACAAGGUUUCGAAUCCGGUUACCAUCCAGUCGCCUCGAACCCAGAUGAAGCAGUAUCCAAGGGAAACAAACAAAACUGACUAUGUUUCAGAUUUGCAACAUCGCAGAGCCGCAGUUGAGCCAAGCCAGCCGAUUACAAAAAUCGCCGAUGUUUCCAAUCCACCUGCGAGAAGCCGCAAAUCGUCAAAAAAGCGCCCCCCGGUGAUGAAGACGAGAUGGAUCGCAUCGAGGACGACCGAUGUGAAGCCGACAACGAGCCAGCAACCACCUUCCAGAGAGUCACGAAAUCGACCCACUUUCCAAUGA